CACCCAACCAGAUUGCAUCAGCAAACUUACUACGACUGACCAAACGCAAUGUCAUGCAGACAAGACAGAGGUGAGCAUUAGGCUCGGUGCGGGCCUUAACGCCAGCCGCAUCGUCGAAGGUGCGGACGUGUACAUGGAGUGCUCGGUGCUUGCUGCCUCCAAGGUCACCGAGGUCACCUGGCGUCGCGGCGGGACCGAAAUCAAGGGAUUCGCCGGUGGCGAAGGCUCUUCCGACGCUCUGGUCACCUCGCGCUACCUGGUCAUCCGAGGGGUGACCGUCGACCAGACCGGACGGUACACCUGCACUGCCAACACUGCGGGCGGAGAGAGCGUGGACAGCGCCCCGCUGGAGGUCCGCGUCAGACACGCGCCCCGGUGCGGCGUACGACGCGAAACGCUCCUAGCGACGCGGCCCAACGAGCCACUGAACGUGACCUGCGACGUGAGCGCGGAUCCCAGCGAAGGGCUGAGCUUUUUCUGGAUUGCCGAGGACGACACCGGGAAGAGGCGUCAUGUGACGCGGAGAGAGGGCGCCACCGGAGCCGAGGAGGCGGACUUCAAAGACCGGCCACCGGAAGGGCAGGACUCGAACCGACUUGAAAUGCUGGUCGACCCGCACCUGUUUCACGCGACGCUUCUCUGCUGGGCGAGGAAUAGCGUGGGCACGCAGCGAGAACCUUGUAGACACCGGUUCCAGUUGAGGCGUGAGCGAGCGUCCAGCCUUGAAUGCGUGGUGGGUAACUACACGGAUACGUCGUUCUCAGUCACGUGUGCGUCACGUCGACGCGGCCGUGCCUGGAGCGGCGGCGACGACCAGGGAGCGGCGAAGUCACGGCUGCGCAUCGAGCUGUUCGAUGUGACGGCGGGUAACCGCUCGGUGCGGGGCUUCUGGGUCGCCACCCAGUCUGGCAGUGCAACCGGCGCCGCUGGUGACCCGCAGUUCCUGACGGGUCUCAAACCGGCCACGGACUACCUGGUGGUGGCGCGGCUAGAACCGGAGGCGAACGUGUUCGCCACUUACGUCAGGACCCUGGCGCCUGCCCAGACUGUCAAAGAACGGGAAGAGCGCGCCUCGACGGCGGAAAACACAACCAGGGUGCCUCCCAUGAUGACUACGAUCGCCGUCACCGUUUGCAUCGUUGCGACCGCCACGUUAGGCUUAGCAGCCACCUGCACAGUGCUAUGGUUCAAGCACCACAGGAGACGAUCGCGACUGCUGAGAGCCGCCGCGGCUCAGAAGCACGCCGAACACAAGGCGUACCUCGCCGCAGACGUUUCGUGCAGCUGAUACGGCGGACACAAGCGGAACGCGUUUGCCCUGAGCACUCUCACAAUUUCCUUACAUUCACUCCGUUCGCACCUUCAUGUCCUUACCAACAGUGUCGCUCACGCUAAAACACCGCAGGGACGAUACGUGCCUUCACUUUGAGAGUGCUUUAUCACUCUUCUCGACACUGUGCGCCGUUAGAUGCGUUAAUGUGAAACUUCACCUCAAGCGCCUCAAUCUAAAUGCAGUAAAACCUCGAUAUAACGAAGUUGAAGAGAGAGCCUGAUUUACUUCGCUAUAUUCAUUAUUGCACGUACUGUGCUAGGAAUCUGUAUAAUGAUUUUAAUAAUAAUUUUACUUGCUUCGACCGUCAGGUCCAUUAUUUCUUUAUAUCUGGCUUCGUUAUAACGAGGCUUCACUGUACAUGGGGAGGGAGAAAUCGUUUUUCUCGGCAAACACUACGUAUAUUUUGAUGAGGUUCAUUGCAUUUCUAUAUAAGAGCCAUGCAUAUUGAUUGCUGGGAGUGAAAUUGCUAUUUGGGUUACCAUUGUUUAUACGAAAAACCUUGAAUACUGCAAAAUAGAUAAAAAAAUCAAAGAUCUGCACUAUUAGAUUUAGCGCUCUGAAUUGUCAAUAAAAAAGAUAUCAGAGCUCUGACAACUGAACCCAUUCAAACAUUUAAAAUGAACAAAAUCACUGUAUUGUGCAACACUCUGUAGUAUUUACCACUAAUCUGCCGGCAGAGAUUUUUCAAAACCCUCGUAAGCAUGGCAACAACAUCACGUAAACUGCAAACCUACGUAACAAAUAUGGCCGCUUUGGUGUUCCAUCAAAUAAAGUGUGGCGCAAUGCGAUAUACGUAUUUGUUGCAGAAUUAUGGAAUUGUAAAAAUGUAUCCUUGAGUUUUCUUUCCUACAAUUCUUGAGCACUUCUUAUUAAAAAUCUUCACACCUCGAAUCAAUGUUAUGCUACGAACAAUCAGUAUAACUGCUAAUUUCUAAUUGAUUUAAACAAAUUUCUUUCGAAUCAAUUAUACUGUUGUCUAGGGAAAGAAAUUCAGCACUUUAGAAAUAUCUUAAUACGGAAAUAGUUCUGCACGAGGUAAAGUUUGUUCUAGCAGAGUUGUUAAGCAUGACGAUAAACUAAUGACGUAAAAGAAAAAUUGCAGAAGAAAAAAAAAACAUCUCUAUUUGCAUUCACACGAAGAGUCAAGCUCAUCGUCUUACGCCCAGAACUUUAUUUGUGCAAAAUAUAUGCGAAUGCUUUGUCAGAAUUUUAUCUGAAUUUCUCAUUGGAAAGUUGCCAUUUCGUUUCCACAUCCCAAGGUUCUCACGUUUCAUCCACAAGUUUUGCGUCGUUAAGUACCAUCUCAUUACCAAUUCUCAACUAAUUGGGUCAAGUUGACCGCACAUUUCUUUUUAUCUGUACAAACCCGGUAUUCAUUUCCUUCGGGUGUGACAAGAUAUUGCAUUAAUCCAUUGCAAAAAAAUUCGCUAUCGUACUUUUCGAAUACCGAAUUAAAUUUUCGGCCAUUAAGUCUAUACAUAGUUUCUGGCUGUAUAACUUAAGGUUAUAUUUAUCCUAGCCAUUAUGGUUGAUGCACUUUGUAUAUAUGUCUUUCUGAAUAAAAUGACUUCUUUCACACGUA